GCACUGCAGUAACCCCGAGUCGUCUGCCGGCUCCUCCCCCUCUCCCCAUUCUCCCACUCCUCCCCCUCCUUCUCCUGACAGCUCCUCUACCUCAACAUGGCGGCCUUCAGCAAGUCCAUCCCGCACAGCUGUUAUGAGAUCGGUCACACAUGGAACCCGUCCUGCUUCACCUCCUACCUGCAGAUCACACAGGGCGCCAUGGAGGAGUCCCUGAAGAUCUAUGCGCCCCUGUACCUGGCAGCCGCACUCCUGCGGAGGAGAAAACUUGAUUACUACUUGCACAGAUUACUACCUGAACUCCUGCGCUCCACGUCUUUUUUAACCGCCAACGGAAGCCUCUACAUUGCCUUCUUCUGUAUACUAAGGAAACUUUUAGGGAAGUUCUACUUCUGGACUCCAGGGUUUGGAGCGGCUUUACCUGCAUCCUAUGUUGCUAUUCUUAUUGAGAGAAAAAGCAGGAGGGGCCUUCUGACCAUAUACAUGGCCAAUCAGGCCACAGAGACGUUGUUCCGUAUGGGAGUUACCAGAGGCUAUCUAAAGCCCAUCAGACAUGGAGAGGUACUAUUAUUUUGCAUCACUGCUGCCCUGUACAUGUUCUUUUUCAGAUGUAAAGAUGGACUCCAAGGAUUUGCCUUCUCAGCCCUCAAAUUUAUUGUGGGAAAGGAAGAGAUUCCUGCACAUUCACUCCUGCCUGAGACCAUGUAUGCCAAAACUGUGAAGAAGAGCAAGGAGCCGGCAGAGAGAUCCCAGCGGAUCAACAUAUUUUCUUUAAUAAAGAAACUUAUGGACUCAGUAUGCAAACACGGGCCAAGGCACAGAUGUUGCAAGCACUACGAAGACAAUUGUAUCUCUUACUGCAUUAAGGGGUUCGUUCGAAUGUUCAGCGUUGGUUAUUUGAUCCAGUGCUGCCUCCGGAUCCCGUCCGCCUUCCGUGUCAUGUUUACAAAACCUUCCAGAUUGCCCUCCCUGUUCUACAAUAAGGAGAACUUUCAGCUGGGAGCUUUCCUGGGUUCUUUUGUCAGUAUUUAUAAGGGCACCAGCUGCUUCUUGAGGUGGGUGCGGAACUUGGAUGAUGAGCUUCAUGCCCUCAUUGCUGGGUUUCUGGCAGGACUCUCUAUGAUGUUUUAUAAAAGCACCACAAUCUCCAUGUACCUGGCAUCCAAACUGGUAGAGAUCAUGUACUUCAAAGGAAUUGAAUCUGGGAAGUUUCCAUACUUCCCCCAUGCAGAUAGUGUCAUCUAUGCAGUGUCUACGGCUAUCUGCUUCCAUGCAGCUGUUUUGGAAGUUCAGAAUCUAAGGCCUUCUUAUUGGAAGUUUCUAUUAAGACUGACAAAGGGCAGAUUUAUGAUAAUGAACCGCAAAGCCUUGGAUGUUUUUGGUUCUGAAGCCUCCAAGAACUUCAACAACUUCAUCCCCAAACUGGACCCAAGAUUCACUGUGGUUAAGCCUGAGUUACCGAUUCAGUUCUCCUGAAAUCUUGGAGUUUUUCUUCUUUCCCAUAAGAAAAUGUGAAAAUCAAGAGUCCCAAUCACAAUGGGUAUCCAGAGAAAAUAGAGAAUGUUGAGGGCUUGUAAGCUCCUGUUCAGUAUUAACUAAUUUUAGCUGACCAGUACAAAGAUGAGUUAAUUCUUAGUCAAGAUGAAUUAUUUGGUAGAUUAAGAAGUAAUCCUGUAAAAGAUCCAAGACAGAGGCGCAAAGAAAAUCUCUGUGAUCCCUCUGUUAUCUGGCCAACAAAUUAUUUCAAAUAAGCCGAGUAUUUCAAAUCAUGACCUGUAAAUAAUAUAGAUAUUUCUAUAGCCUUGAUAGCAUUUAAAAAUUAACUAAUACCAGUUAAAGCAUUGUAUGAUCCUCUGUGUAAGAUUUUAAGAAAAACUUCUGGAGGUGUAGGGAACAUGUGCCUUUCGGUUGCCUACCCCUGUUCUGCGGACCAACUUUUACCAUGUAAUAUGUCAAUCUUGUCUUCUUUGUGAAUGUGCUGGCUGAUACUGGAUGGGUGAUAUGAUUGCUGAUGUUUUGUUUUUUUUUCUCAGUUGUGGAGGACCCAUGUGCAGAGGGUUUUCCAUUGAAUGCUUAACUUGUGGAGGGACCAGUCAGGGUAGGGGGUCCUUCAACGGUGUGUAUGGGUAUAUAGUGGGCCAGGCGCACCAUAUAUAGAGCCAUGAGGCAUGCAUACAAGAAAAAUCUCUUUAUUAUUCUGAAUAUUGGGAAAAACAGCCAACAUGCUUCAAGGGUUUUUUCAAGGCUCUGUGUAAUAAGUAUUGUUCAGACUGGUUUGGCUGAUCUCUAAAUUGGCACUUUGGCUUUUUUGAGCCUGGCAUGGAAUGGCUUUGAGUGCUCUGAUUCCUGGAUGCAUUAAAAAUGCACCAAACCUGUGAAUUUCAUGGAAUGCCCCCCCAAUUUAACAAAAAAAGAUUCCUCAUGUAUACAGGCCUCUAUGUUAUAGUGUUCUUCACCCACUGCAUACCCAUUUAUGUGGUUUAUUUUGGAGUCUACAUUUUAAUGUGUCACGAUGAGUAUCAUUCCACCUAUUAAUGAACCAAUCAUUGACUCUAGAGGUGAGAUUUCUGCACUUAUGUUCCCAUCUUUGUCCCCUUUUUGUGGGGUGGUAGGGCUUAUUCUCACUGCUGAAUAAUUCACUCACUUAUGGAAAAUCCAACAGAGUAGUCAGUCUCCUACUUUAUAAGAGGUAGUGGGGCUCCAGGGUUCAUUGGAAAUGCAUGACAGCAGUCAGAUCUCCUCCAAUUCCAAUCCGAUUAUAAAAGCACAUAUAUAGUAGAGCCCACCCUCCUAUAUUCUGGGAGAGUUGUGUCUCUCUCUACUUUUUCUUUUUAUUUACUGUCUUUUGGGAUUGUGAGAUACCACCAUCUGUUUCUGGAAAAUAUCCAGCUUUCCUAUAUAUACGGUACAUAGUAGAGCCCACCCUCAUCUACCAAACACUAAACUGGUCCGUAUUGGCUGAAAUAUAUUCCUUUGAAGGCUUGAUCCAUUCAACACUGAAAUAUCUCAUUGCACAUGGAGGGUGAUGGACUUUACAGGCUCCUUAUAUGUUUCUAAGACCCCAUUGGUGGUCAGUCAUUUUGGUGCAUUCUCAAUAAUGAAAACAAGUGGAUAAUUCAGCAGGUACAAAUAAUGCCUGCAGAAGGUGGAAACAGAAACUCAAACCUACAAAGUUUUUCUGUCCAUGAACAAGUACCAGUAGGGUGGGUGAAGUGACCGAUUUGGGUCAAGGGAUUUAAUUUACCAUUUGCAAAACAAUCAUGGUGUAUUUGUUUUCCACAUAGUAACUUUUUUUUAUUUUUUUUUAUGAAGGAAGAGUUCCUUAUGCAUGUUAUGUACAUUAUGGGGAUGUUAUUUGAAUGUAAGCAGCUUGCCUGGUUUUAAAAGGCUAUUCCUACUAAUACAAGAGUCUUAUACAAUCAGGUUUGCAGUAAUCUGCAGUCAUUUCCAGACAGUUUUACCCAGAGAAAUCUCACUGUGAAUGUGACCUAGAAUCAUAAGCACAGAAAAUGACCAUUUUGUCUAUUUUUGAGUCCUAAAUGGUUCAAAGGAAACAUAAUAAGUAUAACGGCAGCCUGGCAGCUUAAUAAAACAGGAGGUGCAACCUAAUUUGAAUUUUGAAAAGCAUUAAUGAACAUAAAGUGGAACUGCACUGCAUCUGAUCACCACAAACCAAAACCACUAUUUAAUACAUUUUUAAUAUUCAAAGCAGACUUCCCCACCCAUCCAUGUUUCCAUUCUUUAUUUUGUUGAGAAAUCACUUUGAAAAACACCCCUCUAGCACUUUUGGUCGUAGCCAUCUUGAGUAAGGGCAGAUGAUUCAUGUAGCAUUUACUUCCUGGAAUACAUCUGCCCUUACAUCAAGCAUACAUGCAGGAGGGUGUGUUCAGCUGAGAAAACUCCUCCUCUCCUCCUCUCCUUAAGACUCCUGGGAUGUAUAACAUUAUUUGCCUAGGCAUGGAAACUGGAAAGUAACUGAAGAGAUGUAAAAA